ACAAGUGCCCCACCUGAAUGGGACGGACAAGGUAUUUAAGCCCUCCAUUACCGACUGUGAAACGGCAGAAGAGCGACGGGAGCUGGACUGACAACAGCUCCAAGGCCAAUCUUGAGUGUUUGUGGACAUCACCAGCCACAAUGAUCAUUCUCAAGGUGUUCACUGUUGCCCUUUUGGUGUUAGGAACCAGCAGUUUUUCUGCUAAGGUGCGACAAGUGCGAAGUCAUCCACCAGGACCACCUGGACCACCAGGAGGACCACCUGGUCCACCAGGCCCAGAUGGAUCACCAGGGCCACCUGGUCAAACAGGACCAUUAGGACCACAAGGUCCACCAGGAUCACCUGGACCAAAUGGUCCACCAGGGUCAGAUGGUCCACCAGGGCCACCUGGACAUGAUGGUAAACCAGGGCCAAAGGGUGUAAGUGGACCACCUGGACACGAUGGUCCACCAGGACCACCUGGAGAAAAUGGAUCAAAUGGUCCACCAGGACCACAUGGACCAGAGGGGCCGACUGGACCACAUGGUCCAGUAGGCCCACCCGGGCCAGCUGGACCACCAGGACCACCUAGUAUGCCAGGACCACCUGGACCACCAGGACCUCCUGGGUCACCACUACAUUUUCCAUAUUAUCCACCUUGGUCAGGACCACCUUAUUAUGGUCGACGUUGGCCACCAGUACCUUGGCAACCGAAGCCAUUCCCAUAUCAGCCUUACGGAUACUUUCCACCAUACCAGCCUUACCGAUACUUUCCACCAUACCAGCCUUUCCGAUACUUUCCACCAAACCAGCCUUACCGAUACUUUCCACCAUACCAGCCUGACCAAUACUUGCCACCACACCCUGAGCUACCUGGACCACCUGGGCCACCUGGACCUCUUAGUAUGCCAGAACCAUCUGGACCACCAGGAACUCCUGAUGCCUUGGCAACCUAA